AUGCACUCGACAACUGCUCUCUCGAUCGAGUUCCGGCGCACGCUACAGGGUUGUCUCUUGGUGCAGUGGUUGCUGGUGUGGAUCGCUGUCACCCUUUCCACUUUCUCCCAAUCCAUCCGCAGCGCUGUCGAGUCGGUAUUCGACGAGGACACCUCGGCAAUGCUUGCCAUCCUAGAUCGCGAAGUGGUUGCUGCUGCUGCUCUUCAGUAUAGGACUGGCUGCUGUUUGGGUUGGGAUGGAUGCACUCCUGCCCUCGAACGUCCGAUUUUUCAAUUGUUGCUUCACCUUGGGCUGGUUGAUACUCGUGGCGCUAUUGGACGCGAUCCGAAGUCGCAGGUCUUCAAUGAUAGGGUAGUUCCCUAUGAAGGAGAAGUCAACAGCGGAUCACCACAACAGCCUGAAGAACCUCGUGAUCUCGAUUACCCCCUUCGAUUGGAUCGCGCACUUGACUUCGCCGAAGUCAGCCAUGGAGUCAUAUUCGUAUACCUCGAUGUCACCAUACUGGCUUGGACUAUCGCAGACAUGACGACGCAAUGCGCGACUUUGCCGCUGCGGGUGUUGGGGAUGGAGCUGACUGUGUACUAUCGAAAGCUGGGAUUUACGCCAAUGAUCAACAGUCGGGAGCAUAGUUGCUGUCCACAAUGCCAUGAAGACGAUAACUACAUGGUGACCGAUGACACCAUGCGUGCCCAUCAACACGAGUUGAGAAGACGAGAACGCGCACUCGAAAAACAAAAACAAGGGCAAGAACAGCUUAACCAAGUGAUGGAACGAGUAUAA